AAAAAACCACAAAAAUAUACAUGGUUCUAUUGUAACCAUACCAUACCAUGUAAACCACCGUCCAAACUGGCUGUAAGGCUCUUUAUCUGUUUCUCUCAAAUCACCCUGCUUGGCUUUCGCCUAUCAUAACCCUUUUUUUUCGCUCUACAAGUUCUUUUUUACUGUAGUGCAGUGUUGAUUCAAUGGUCUAUUCUCUUGGUUUUUCUCCUAUGAAUUUUUGUUCAACGCGGUGAAAUUUUAUUUAUCGUUUAGUUAGGAUCUGUUUUUGAUAAAGGGCUUACGGGGGAUUUUAAUUCCUGCGUACAGAACACAUAAUUCGAGGUAAAAGUUGAUACCUUUUAGCUGAAAGCUGUGUUUUCUUAUGUGGGUUUGCCUCAGAUUGGUAUAAUUUUGGUUGAAAGAAGAUGGUGACAGUUAAUCUUGGAAUGCUCCAUUAUGUAUUGGACCACGUUUAUGGUGCGUUUGUGCACAGAACAAAAAUAAGCCCACCUUUCUUUUCUAGUGGAUGGGGAGGUACAAAGCUUGAGCUUUUAGAAAGAAUGAUUAAGCAGUUGUUCCUCGAUCUACAAGGCCAGAAUUGGCCUCCCUCAUUGGUACAACCUGUUUGGAAAACUGUUUGGGAAUCUCAAUCAGCUACUCUGAGAGAAGGGGUUUUUAGGACUCCUUGUGAUGAGCAGCUGCUUAGUGCAUUGCCUCCUGAGAGUCACAUUGCAAGGGUUGCUUUUCUGGCGCCCAAAUCUACGCCUCCUCAUAAGAUGGCCUGUGUGGUUCAUCUUGCUGAUGCUGAAGCAAAGCUACCAACAUUUGCUAUGAAAUCAGCGGAUUGGUGUCUUGAUCCAUUGUUCAUGGAAAAAGAAGUUGAUGAAGAUGCUUUAGGUACUGGAGAUCAUACUUUUGAGCGAAGAUUGCGUCUUGGCGGUCCAUUGCUGAAGGAAAAUAUAGCAACUAUGGUGCUUGAGAGCACGCCCAUGUUCUGCAGCCCAUUCUAUGGAAAAAGACGUCCAUUGCUGCAGCGUGGGUCAAAGCUGUUAUGUGUUAGUGACCUUCUGCUAUUAGGACGAGCCACCAUUGAAGAAGCCCAAAGUCUUUUACAUUGGUUGGACUGUGAAGCAGGUUUCGGAAAGAUGGGUAUAUGUGGACUUAGCAUGGGAGGAGUACAUGCUGCUAUGGUUGGAUCAUUGCACCCAACACCUAUUGCUACACUCCCUUUUCUUUCUCCACAUUCUGCUGUUGUGGCAUUCUGUGAAGGGAUAUUAAAGCAUGCAACUGCAUGGGAAGCACUGAGAGAUGAUCUUUCGAUGCCGGAGGCUUCAAUGACUCUUGAGGAAGUGAAAGAACGGAUGCGGAAUGUGUUGUCUCUCACAGAUGUUACACGGUUUCCAAUUCCAAAAGAUCCCCGUGCUGUAAUAUUUGUUGCCGCCACAGAUGAUGGCUAUAUUCCAAGGCACUCAGUGCUAGAGCUUGAAAAAGCUUGGCCUGGCUCAGAAGUUAGAUGGGUUAGAGGAGGGCAUGUUUCAUCCUUCCUUCUCCACAAUGGUGCAUUUCGCAGGGCAAUAGUGGACGGCCUUAACAGGCUACAAUGGAAGGAAUCACCUCUGUGACAUUGUCAUAUUUGUGAAUAACACACCAUGUAAUUAUUAGGUGUUCUUCCUCACCGCUAAUUCUCACUGAAAUGAUUAUUGAUACAUAGGGCCACAGCCGAUAUUACUAAGCAUUUGGUAGAAAAUGAAAAAGCUGCUGGAAAAGCUUUCACUCUUUACUCCUGUGUUGUUGCGUUACUUCAAAGUACGAUCUUUGCUGGGAGCUGUCCAAAAAAAAUAAUGUUAUCAUUGGUGAAAUUUCCACCACCUUUUCUUAUUGUCUAAUGCUCCUUGUUGAAAUAUAUUUGUAUAGUACUAAUUUCCUUAUUAAUGUGUUGCUACACUCGUUUUAUACA